GCCCGUGCGUCCAACCAAACAUCGAGCGAGGUGGAUCAAAUGAGAUCGUAUUUCUGUAGUAUCGACGAACAUCUCAAGCAGAUGUAUAGCAUUGGCAGGAGCGUGGACGCGACUUUCGUAUUUUUCUCAGCAUACCUGGUUUUCGCUAUGCAGGCAGGAUUCGCCAUGCUGACCGCCGGCGCUGCGAGAGCUCAGAACAAGUCCAACAUCGUCAUGCUCGCGACUGUCGUGGAUGCAGCUGUCUGUGCGAUGUUCUACUAUUUUUUCGGGUUUGCCUGCGCCUAUGGAAGACCAUGGAACGACUUCGUCGGCAGAGACGACUUCGGCGGAUGGAUGAACCUCCCCGAAUAUGCCGAAUACGACGACUGUGGCGGCCAUAGCCAGCGGGGCUAUGGCGGAGAGAAGCCAGGUCACGGCACAUGUAGCUUCCUCAGCUUUCUUGUCCGGAUUCGUGUAUCCGGUGAUCUGCCAUUGGGUGUGGGAACCACACGGGUGGCUAAGCGUUUACAGACAAGGAAAACGUCUGAUGGGGGUUGGCAUGCUGGAUAUCGCGGGCAGCGGGACCAUCCACCUGACGGGCGCCAUCGUCGGCUUCUGGGGAGCGCUCGUCUUGGGAUCCCGCCUUGGCGUUUCCCGCUCAAAGAGCGGUUACGGCGGCUAUGGCGGCGCAUCGUCGAGGGGGAGUGGUCAUGGACGCAGCAACACUCUUGUGGUUCUGGGGACUUUGCUCCUUGGCUUGGGUGGUACGAAAUUAACCCAGGUUCGAUCCUCGGCAUCGUUCCCAGACACUACACUGCCAUGAAAGGGAUUGUGAAUAGAGCCGCCAUCACCACGACUCUAGCCGACGCCGCCUCCGCCAUAACCACGUUCUUCGUGAGGAGGCCGUUGACAGGUCGCUGGAAAAUGGAGGACGCUUGCGGUGGGCUUAUUGCCGGAUUGGUGGCUGCGUCGGCGGGUUGUGCGGUGAUAGAGCCGUCGGCGGGGAUGCUUCUGAGCGUCAUCGCCGCGUUGGUGUUGAUUGUUGUGAAGCGGCUGGCAAAACCCAUCGUCUUGGACGACCCUAUGGAAGCGCUCCAGCGGCACGGGGCCUGCGGCUUGGUCGGAUUCUUGUUCGUCGGAGUCUUGGCCACGGAGGACCAUAUGAUGCAAAUGUUUGGAGAUGACGACUCGCCCAAUUCGAUUCCUGGUGGAUGGUUGUAAGAAAAAAGAGGCAGAACGUUACUCGCGGCUCAGGCGAUCGGCGCUGCUUGUAUCGU